AUGCAGGCCUUCCAGGACGCGCUACGUUGCAGGUUUAUCCCGAGGUCCGCAAGGGAGCAGGCUAUGGCGGAACUGAGAAAGCUUAAACAGGGAAAACUCUCAAUAGAGCGUUGCAUUGAGAAAUACCAGUCUUUGGUGAACCGAAGUCCUAUGGUGGAUGCGGAGCUCCACUGCAAUUGGUUUAUAGCGCGGCUAGCCCCCGAAGUGAGGCAAACAGUGACGUGCUGGGCCACGGACAGGGAAAUGAGGAGCGAAAAAGUGGAACUCGCUGACAUGAUGAAAUACCUCCCCAUAAUGGAAGGAAAAAAAGCCACAUCCACAGCCUUAGCUGAAAAAGAAGAAAAUUGGCCUAGGAACGAUCCCGAUUUGGAAUCAAUGGAUAUUGGGGCUGUGAACACCAAGCCAGAUAAACACGGGGCUAGAGGCGGCUACCUGAAGGGGCCACGGGAGAUAACGGCCGCACUUACAGACCCACCUCAAGACAAUUCAGUACUUGUACAAGUACGAAUGGAGGUACACGAUUUAAUGGCCCUACUCGAUACGGGAUGCGAAGUGGAUAUGAUAUCGGGAGCUGCAGCAAGGAGAUGCAGCCUACCGGUCUACUCAUUGGCGCAAUCUCUGAGGCUACGCUUCGCAGAUGGCAGGCAGGAUACUAGAAUCGACAAAACUAUGGGCGUAAAAUGCUCCAUCAGCUCCAAUACAGGGCACAUUCCUAUGACUAGGGACUUCUACGUUGGAUCUGUUCACCACGGCAUAAUCCUAGGCACGCCAUGGGUGACCCAGUGGAAGGCGCAAAUGCGUUCCUCUGAUGCUGCCAUCGAGGUCAUUCCGCCUGGAAGUGAUGAGUGCACCUCGCAGCUCUCCCAACGGCAUUUCCAUCCUCUAUGGUUCGAGAUGUGGAGACCGUGUCCGAAGAAAAGGGGAGCGGCGAGGCUCCCGCACUGCGCAGAGGUGCUGCAGAGAAUAAUGGAGACACGCACGCACUCCGUCGUGAUGGUCUGGUGA